UAGAGGACAGAGUAGGGAAAAAUGGGUCAAAGAGUUUCCAUUUUUGUGUGUGUGCUUGGAUUAUGGUAAUGAUUAAUAAAAAAUACUUUAAUAAGUAAAUUCAAAAGAGAGAAUCCUUGAUCCUGCAUAAAGAUUUUUGGUCUGAUGCUUUCCAUAAGAGUCUUAUUUCUCAUGAUACUGUUCAACAUGUUCCCAAAUAAUGCUCUUUCCUCUUCCUCUUGCAAAAAGAACAUACCUUCCUAAUCUGUUUCUUUCUUUGCCUUUAAAAGGGGCUUUUUGUGCUCCACCCAGAACCACAAGCUACAGUGUUUGCUCAUUUUGCAUGUGCUGCUGCUACCUGCUAUCUUACAGCUGGUGGGUCCAGGGGAAAUUCUUGGAGCAUUUAAACAGUUUUGUAUUCGAGAUGGGGUGUUUUACUAUCUUGAAGAGCAAGAAAAAAUUGUUUGACCGAAUUAUUCGGUCAAAACGUGUCAAUCAUAAUGAGCAUGGAGCUGCAGUACUGCCUGGAUCUCAAACUCAAACCCGAUCAUUGCAGUCGGCACCUCCUAGUUUUAAGACUAAAGUGAAAUCCAUUCACCCUCUUAAUAAAGUUUUCAACAGCAAGUCGCGGGCUUUAUCUGCUCCAUCGGCUCUUGAUUCUGCAGAACAGAAUGCUUUUGCUUCAACUGAGCAUGAGGAACAUGAAGAGUCAAAACACCGAGUAAUACCAGGGAAGGAGCCGCGUUCACCUGGUCCACAACCUUUACCUCUUCCAUCUCCUCAGGGUGGUGGAGCAUUGAAGGUUAUUAUCAGCCUUAAGCCAGGGUUGGUUAAUGGCCCUCUAUAUGCUUCUGGAGCUCUUAAUUCUGCAGAACAAGAUGCUUUGGUCUCAGUUGAGUUUGAGGAACAAGCUGAGUCGAAUAACAGAGCUGGAACGAUGAAGGAGCAGCGUUCAUCUAGUCCACGGCCUUUACCUCUUCCACAUCCUAAGGGUGGUGGUGCAUUGAAGACUACUCGCAGCUUUAAGCCCGAAAAAGUUAGUGGUCCUUCACAUGCUUCUAGACCUGUGCCCCUUCCAUCUACCGGGUUGCUUAAUUACUUUCGGUAUGAGGAAAUUGCUGCUGCUUGCCACAAUUUUUCUUCAGAUCAAUGUAUCUCAGAAUGUCUUUCUGCUAGCAUAUAUAAAGCUUCCUUUCAUAACGAUGCUUUAAGCCCAAAGAAGUUUGAAGCCACUGUGACCCGUCUUCGCCCACCAACUCUGGGCUUCAGGGAAUUCAUAACUGAGGUCAGUAAUCUUGCAUCUUUGCAACAUCCAAACCUCUGUAAAUUGCUAGGAUUUCAUGCCCGCGACAUAUCCGAACCAAAGAUGUUGGUUUAUGAGAGGCUAUGCCAUGGGAGCUUGGACAGCUUGUUGUUUGGGAAAUCUGAUGGCUCUUCAAUUGAUUGGAACAUAAGAAUGAAGAUUGCCUUAUGUGCUGCAAAAGGUCUUACUUUCUUGCAUGAAGAAGGGCCUUUCCAGGCAAUGUAUAAUGAAUUCUCAACCGCUAAUAUACAAAUUGACAAAGAUUUCAGUGCAAAGCUCUCAGAAUAUGGUUGUGUUGGACAUGUUCCUGAAAAAGAGUUUUCAAAGAGUUCAUCUGCUGUUGGAAAACUUCCAGUGGAGACAUUGGAGAGAGGAAUGCUCACUCCAAAGAGCAAUGUGUGGAGUUUUGGAAUUGUUCUUCUGGAGCUACUUACAGGCAGAAAGAAUCUUGAUAGCCACUAUCCCAAGGAAGAGAGGAACUUAGUCAAGUGGUGCCGGCCUUUCCUGUCAGACGAUUUCCGACUCUCGCUGAUCAUGGAUCCUCAACUUAAAGGCCAGUUUCCAUCCAAAGCAGCAAGGACAGUAGCUGACAUUGCACAGAGAUGCCUCCAAAAGGAUCCAUCAGAGAGACCCACCAUGAGAAGCAUUGUGGAGCAUCUGAAAAUGAUACAGGACAUGAAGUACUCUUGUUGGCACCCACUGCAAGAACCAUCAGCUGCUAUAUCUAAGAAACAAAUGUCAAAAUCACCAAGUCUUAAUGGUGUUUCAUAUCAGGCACCUGGAAUGAGUCUCUCUCUACCACAAUCAUCCAUUGCUGAAACAACUUUCUCACCUCCAAGAUGCUGUGCUGUGCCCAUCCUGCUUCCUCCUCCUCGCUUGCCAGAGGAGCUUUAAUAUUCAGGAUAUUAGGAGUUCACCAUCCUCAGAAUCUAGACAGCUAGUGUUGAAGGAUAUUAUUGUUUUAUUUAUCUAUUAUCAUUAGUAUUAUUGGCAAUACAAAUUUAUAGGAGAUAGAUUUUGUGGUUCUUUAACCUUCCCAUUCCAUCUCUCUAUAAUGAUGAGAAGAUGCUCAAGUGUAGAUAUUGCAAAGUCAGUCAUUCUGGGUUCAACUAGUCAAACUAUUUAAUAAAAAAGUAUCUGGUCUUAAACAA